CCUACUCAGCGUACCGGGGACCGAGCCUUUAGUCCGACAGGCACUGAAAUCCGGGACAGCAGAAAGGAGACUCUGUGGCGACACGGCUGAGCAGAGCGGAGCAGGCGCAGCACGGACGCCCCAAGCCUACCCGACGAGGAAGGCCGGCGCGACCGGACAAAGAAGGACCCUCUCCCGCCCGGCGCGCGCCUGUGCCGGUCCCGGUCCCGGGACUUUCAGCGCGCUCCCCGGGAGGACUUUUUCUCUAGUCUCGGAAACCGCCCUAAUGGCUGAGGUGAAGGUGAAGGUGCAGCCGCCGGACGCGGAUCCGGUAGAAAUAGAAAACAGAAUUAUAGAAUUAUGCCACCAGUUCCCUCAUGGAAUCACAGAUCAAGUAAUUCAAAAUGAAAUGCCUCACAUAGAAGCCCAACAACGAGCAGUGGCCAUCAAUAGACUGUUGUCCAUGGGUCAGUUGGAUCUUUUAAGGAGUAAUACAGGCCUUUUAUAUAGAAUAAAGGACUCGCAGAAUGCUGGUAAAAUGAAGGGGUCCGAUAACCAAGAAAAACUAGUCUACCAAAUCAUAGAGGAUGCAGGGAAUAAAGGAAUAUGGAGCAGAGAUAUUCGAUACAAAAGUAACUUGCCAUUAACGGAGAUCAACAAAAUUCUCAAGAAUUUGGAAAGCAAAAAGCUUAUCAAAGCAGUGAAGUCUGUAGCAGCCUCCAAAAAGAAGGUUUAUAUGCUCUAUAACCUGCAGCCAGACCGAUCUGUGACUGGUGGAGCCUGGUACAGUGACCAGGAUUUUGAAUCUGAAUUUGUUGAGGUGCUUAACCAACAGUGUUUCAAAUUCCUACAAACCAAGGCAGAAACAGCAAGAGACAGUAAACAGAAUCCAAUGAUUCAAAGAAACAGCUCAUUUGCUUCAUCACAUGAAGUGUGGAAGUACAUCUGUGAGUUGGGCAUCAGUAAGGUAGAGUUGUCCAUGGAGGACAUUGAAACAAUCCUGAACACACUCAUUUAUGAUGGGAAAGUGGAGAUGACUAUCAUUGCUGCAAAGGAAGGCACUGUUGGCAGUGUAGAUGGACAUAUGAAACUGUACAGGGCAGUCAACCCAAUCCUCCCACCUACAGGCUUAGUCCGGGCACCCUGUGGACUCUGCCCCGUUUUUGAUGACUGCCAUGAAGGUGGUGAGAUUUCACCAUCUAAUUGUAUUUACAUGACAGAAUGGCUCGAAUUUUAAUAGAGAGCUGUGAAUUUGACUUACAUUUGGCAAAUGAAUUACUUGGAGAGCAAAUAAUUCAUGAUGGAACAUCAAAUUUCCUUGCAAGCAUGCUUCUCAAUGAUGGAUACUGACUUGCUGCUAUGAAAACAUAUUUAUUUAUGAAGACAGAACACAAAGCAGGUGAAGUUUAAUAAAGUUGAAUAGGGAAGUCUCUUCUGCAGUAAGUAAAAUACCUUGAAGCUCUGGAAGACCAAGGAAAAAGAAGCCAGCAAACUUCUAUUGACAAGUACUGGAUAACAGCUAGAGCGUGAAGAUCACACUUAAAUUACUUCUUCAGGUCUUCAUUGACACUCAUCAUCAGGCUUAUUACCACCAUUUCUGUUUGUGUUUCUUGGGUUUCAUUGAGAAGAAAUUGGAGGUGGUACAGGCAGGAACAUACCUUUCCCACAGUUGGUUCCUCUUCUCCUCAGUACUCUUCCAGAGGAGUAUGCUGCCACACUAACUUCGCACCCACAUGCUGUUGUCCAGGACAUGUCUCCAUCCUAAAGGGGAUAAUCUCACAAAUCCUUCAUUGUUAGGGCUGUAAAUUUCUUGGAUGGCUUAAUUGUACUGUUUGCC